CAUUUGCACUGACAGCAUGUCAGCAAUUGAAGCACUAAAAGACGUCAACAAUAAGGGAAAGUUAGUGCAAGACAUCUGGCACCUGCUAAGGGACGCUACAAAAGAAAACAUCCUAUACUUCUGCUGGGUCAAAGCCCACGUCGGUCAUGAAGGGAACGAGACCGCAGAUAGACUAGCCAAGGAAGCAUGCAAACAGGACACCAAUCCCACCUACAGCCUCACCCCCUUAAGCAGUAUGAAACAUCAGCUGAAGCUCCAUUACCGUACCCGAUGGCAACAUCUCUGGAGCACCUCCGCAAAGGGAAGGGACCUCUUCGCCUUCCCGCCAGAUGUGAACCAAAGAAUCCAAAGCAAGCACAUCGAUAUCGACCAUCACACCACGGCUUUUCUGACGAACCACGGUGACUUCAAAGGCUACCUAUACAGGUACGGGCACGCCCCGUCCCCCCUCUGCGUAUCCUGUGGGGUCCUGGAGGACCCUCUCCACAUCCUGUUCAACUGCAAUUGUCUCGAGGCAACACGUCAUGAACUUCGACUCACAAGUGUCUCUGAAGGCUUCAAGUGGCCAAUCUCUCCAUCUUCGGCAGUGUUAAACAACAACCUGUACAACAUAGUACUCAACAUCAUCAGGACGAAUGUCAAACAGAAGAAAAAUGGUAUCCUGUAAAUAUAGUAUCAGCGCUAGUACACGUGAAUCGUACUGUAUAAAUAACUAACUCCGUGUUAACGGAGGUACUAUUGUCGCGCAUUCGAUUUUAUUUUAAUGUAACCAGUUUAAUAGAUUAUAUAAUCUAUUAGUUUUAAUUACUCUCUACGAAGCCUAGCGGUGUAGAGAUCAUUAAAUAUAAACAGUCGAACGGGACAACCAUAUUGAGUCGCCCCCGA